AUGAUAACGAAUAAUUACAAGAAGCACAAGAAGCUGUGUCUAAGUAUUCAUCAUAAUAAAGGGCCCAUUUCCGGUAGAAGGCAUAAUAAUUAUUAUGGACAUAACAAAUAUAAGAAUUAUUAUAAUUAUUAUAAGUUGUAUAAUUAUAAUAAGAUGAUAAAUGAUGAAUAUGAAGAAAUGCAAGACGUAGAAAAUAUAGGAGGGAUAGGAGGAGCUGGUGGACCCUGUUAUCGAAAUGUGUCUUUGUUAAAUGAUGCAUAUUCUAAGGGAAGAAGGUAUAAAUAUAAGUAUGUUGAACAGAAAAGAUGUAAGAACUUACUAAGAGAAAAGAAAACGAAUCACACAAGUGACGAUAGCAGUAUUAGUAAUAAAAAAAAUAAUAAUGAUAAAAAGAAAAUCAUUAAAAUAUUAAAGAGACCUACUGAAGAGGAAAUCAAAAAGGAGAAGAAAAUAAAUAAUAAGGAACAAAAGAGUAACGAUAAUAAAAAAGACGAAAAAAGUAAUAAUGGUAAAUGUGAAGAGAAAGAUAAUUCUGAAUUGACACAGUUGUUAAAGGAAGGUGAAGCACAUUCCGAAAGAUAUCCCGGAAUGGAUUAUGAAGAAGGGGAUAAAAAAAAGGAACAACAAAAGAGAAAAAAAAAAAAAGAAAAGAAGAAGGAAGAGUCACAGGGUAUACAAGAAAAAGAAGACAAGCAAAAGAAAGAAAGGAAAGAGAAGAAAUUGAAAAAAAAGGUAAAGGAGGAAAAAUCCAAGAAGGAUAAUAAUAAUAAUAAUAAUAAUAAUAAGACCAUAACAAAAGCGAAAAAAUCGAAGGAUCAGUUCAAGUUUUCAUCAACACAAGAAUUAUUUAAUUUAUUAUUGAAGGACGUGAAGAAGGAGGAGGACUUUUUAGAAGCCAUAAACGAGCCGAAGGAAAAAGAAGAGAAGAAAAGAGAAAAGAGGGAAGGAGUGGAAGCGAAUAAAAAAGAAAAGAGAAGUGUAAUUGACAAAAUAAGUAGUAGAAUUGGAAAGUUAAAUAAUAAAUAUGAGGCAAAUAAGGCAGUUGGUGAAAUGAGGAAGAAAAAUGAUAUGUAUGUGAAAUCUAAGGAAAGUGAAAAGAUGAUAAAAAAUAAGAACAUUAUUAUUACUCCUAAUGGUAAUAGUAGUAAUAAUAAUAAUAACAAUAAUAAUAAUAGUAAGAAAAAGAAUUGUGAAGAUGAAGAUGUAGGAAGAACUAGUGCAGAUGUAUUAUACCAUAAAGGAUGCAUAUCUCAUUUAAACAAACAUUUAAAUAGUAAUGGUAAUAAUAGUACUUAUCAUAACCUUGUCGAUAAUAAGGAGAACAUAGAUAAGAUUUACGUAGAUGCUAUGAGUAAUCAUCACAAUAACAUGAAUGUAAAUAAUUUUGCGCAUGUGAUGAAUAUGGCAUGUAAUAAUAAUAGUUGUGAUAAGAAAGACGGGAAUGUGGAUGAACAUUCAAAUGUGAGGAUACAUGGGAAAGUAGUGAGCAGUAAUAAUAUGAGGAAAGGAGGAGACAACAAUAAUGAUAGUAAUAAUAAUAUUACUAUUGGUAAUAAUGAUGUAAUGAGGAACGGAAAGAAAGAUGCUAUGUGGAAGGAAUACGUACUUUUAAAAAAUAAGAGAAGCAAGCAUAAAUAUUACAAUACCACAAAUAAUAACAACAAUAAUAAUAAUAAUAAUAUUAACAAUAAUAAUAAUAAUAAUAAUAAUAAUAACAACAAUAACAAUAAUAAUAAUGUGGAAAAGAUGAGUAUAAAUAAUAUCAGUACACAUUUGAAUAAUAAGAAACAGACGUCGAAGAUUAUGAAGAACCUAGAAAAAAAAUACCAUAGUAAAUUUGUAACGGUGUUGUUAGGAGGUAAAAGGUUAGAGCAGAAGCAUGAAACAGGGCGUGUAGUGACAAAAGAAGAUGAGGAAGGAAGAAAAAUAAAUAUGAGAAUGGGAAAUGUAAAUUAUAUGAUGAAGUAUGGCCCAUCAGAUAAAAUUAUAUUAAAUGGAAUAAAUCACUCAAAAAAUGACAAUAUAAAUAUGAAUGUAAAUAUGAGUGUAAAUAUGAGUGAUAAUGUAAAUUUAAGUGGUAAUAACAACAUGAAUAAUGCCAACCCCAUGUCCAAACCUGGAUCGGGAUCGUUAUCUGUAUCUGUAUCCGGAGCUGUCACGAGCGUAGUUCCCCAUGCCAGUGUUACAAACUACAAUUUAAAAGGAGAUGUGUCUAAUAACAAAACGGUUAACAUAAAAAAGGAAGAAGAGGCUGGUCAAUUUGUCAUACCUUUAUAUAUGAGGUCACCUAAGCCUGAACAAAUUCCAAUACCUUUAUAUUUCUCCGAGGGAGAAAAUAUAAUAUUGCCUAAGGAGGAGGACAUGGGCAUUGAUGAGAAGAAUCUUAUGAAAGUAGAAGUUAAUAAUGAAAUGAAUGAUAAUAUAAUGGGUUAUGCAAAUGGUACCAUAUUUAAUAAUAACCAUAUGAAUAAUAUGGUUACAAUGAACCCACUGAGUAGUUCUAGCUACAAUUUGAAUGAUACAAACAACAAUUUAUUGAGCGACCCGCUGAACAACCACGUAAGGAUGUUUAAAGAGAAGCUUGCAAAUGCUCAAUAUGUGAAGACUAAGAAUUAUACAAAGAAUUUAAAGGAAUAUUUAUAUAUGAACAUGCCGAAAGAUAAGAAUCCUUUAAAUUAUUCGAAGAAAAAGAAAAAGACUUUCUUAAAUAGGAAUUAUGUAACUUUUAAUGUGGAAGUAAAUAAUCAUAACAAAUUGAUGGGAGUAAACCAUGAUAUGGUAAAAAGUGCAGAUAGGAAUAACAUGAAGAGUGUGAAUGGUAGUAUAUAUAAUAAUAAUAAUAAUAAUAAUAAUAUUAAUAAUAAUAAUAAUAUUACUAAUAAUAAUAAUAUUACUAAUGGUGGUAUACAUUCAUUUCAUACGAUGAAGGCAUCCUAUUAUAAUGGUUGCAACCUGAACAAGGGAGGAAGGUAUUUUAAGGUAGACAAGUAUUUUUAUAGUAGGAAGUAUAAAGUUCGAACUCAUUUUGGUGAUAACAAUGGUCAUCACAAGUACAGGCACUUUCAAUUUUUGAAGGAUAUAAAGAUAGCAGUAUAUUGA